AUGGUGGCAGAAGAUUUGGGGAUUGAUUACAUGUGGAAGAGUAUUGUAUACCGGCAUGCUUCCAAGGAGGAUGAGGAGAGGAUCCAGUUGGCUCUGGAUUGCGAGGAAGCCAUUCCUGGGAAUGGUGACUGGGCUGUAAAACUAGGGAUAAAUCUCUUUUAUAGUGCACAUCUUAGUCGCUCUCCUCUUUAUAGCAAGCAGAUGCCUUACAAUUCUGUUAUAUACUGUGCAUUUGGUUGUGGCUCUCCAGCAAGCUCACCUGAAGAGCCAAAGGUGUACCAAAGAAGGGUCAACAGGCAGAAAAAGGUUGUUGCUGGGAAAUGGUGUGGUAAAGUUUGGAUGUCUAACCAGGUGCAUCCCCUUUUAGCAAAAAGAGAUUCUGAAGAUGUUGAGGAUGAGAAAAUCUUACUUGGGUGGAUAUUACCUGAUGAGAGAAUUGAGAGAUCAGAAAGUAUCCUCAAAAGUGAAAGUACUAGCAGAAAAUCAGGUAAGAAAAGGAAAAUGACAGCAGAGAAUGGACGAACCAGGAAAGGAAGUUAUGCUAAGAAAACUGUACUGUCAUAUAAUUCAACUGAAGAUAAACCCAACUCACAGCCAAGGAGGGUUCAUAGAAGUAAGAAAGCCAGGAAUGUUGAGAGAGACCGUGCUGCUUUCAAAGGGGAUAAUUCUCCUCCAUAUCAUCAUAGAAAACCUACAAGCAAACAAACAAACUGCACUGAAAGUGAUGCCCUUUCUGAUGAUUCGCUUGAUGAUGAAGAUGAUCACAUGCAGCAUAGAAGGAACUUUAACAUUGACAAUGAUGUGGUUUCAAAUGAUACAAUGGACUGUGAUUCUGAUUGGCAGCAGAGGGAAGCAAAUAGCAGCCAGGACGUUGAAGAUAUGGAGAGAGAUGCAAUUUCAGAGGAUUCUUCGGAUGUUGGUUCUCUUCAGCUGCAAAAGAAGACUUCCGAAGGCAAGCACACCAAAUGCAUUAGUGAAGAUGUAAUUUCUGAUGACCACAUGGAGAGUUCUUUUCAAAAGCAACAUAGGCGAAUUCCUAAAAGCAGGCAAGGCAAGUAUCUUACUGGAAAAGAUAUAAUAUCUGAUGACCAACUAGAGCUGAAAAUGCAGAAGCAGCGACGGAGGAAUCCUAAAAGCAGGCAAGCCAAAUACCUUAAUGAAGAGGAUUUUGCAUCAGAUGACCAACUGGAGGGCCAUUACCGUAGGUAUCAAAGAAGGAAUCCUAAAGGCAGGCAGGUAAAAUGUGUAGCCGAGGAAGAUGAAAUGUCCGGUGACCAAUUGGAAGAUCAUUGUCAGAAGCUGCAUACAAGUUUCUCUAGGAGAAAACAAGACAAAGGCAUUAAUAGAGACGUUAAAAAUGUAAUGUCUGAUGACCAAUUGGAGGAUCAUUCUCUGAAGCAGCAAAGAAGAAUUCCUAAGAGCAGGCAAAACAAACACACUUAUAAAGAAGUUAUGGAUGACUCGGCUGAAAAUAAUUCUCAUCUGCUGCAUAGAACUCCUAAAAGGAAGCCAGCUAAAUGCGUGGACGAAGAUGAUAUGAAUUCAGAUGAUGAGGUGGAAGAUGAUCAGCAGCUGAGGAGAACUCUUCGAAGUAAACAAUCUAAACCAAAAACACUUCAACAGAUGAAACAAGCCAAUUCCCUUCAAGCGAAAAACCAGGCAUCUCGAUCCAUAAAACGUGGUUCUCGGGUGCUUGUGAAAUCAAAGACUCCUCAGCAAAUAAAACAGCGGAAUAAGCAAUCAAGCAAUUCCCGAGAGUUUAGUUUACAUAUGGAAGAGGAAGAAGAAGGUGGACCUAGCACACGCCUUAGGAAGAGAGCCACAAAAGCUCAGGAGUCUGAAGGAAAAUUGAAAUACAAGCAAACAAAAAGGAAUAAGGUGAAGACUUCUACAACUGCAAAGGUUUCAGUUGGUCAUGCUAAAGGGAAGGAUGGUGAAGCAGAUUAUCAGUGUGAUAUUGAUGGGUGCACUAUGAGCUUUGGGUCAAAACAGGAGCUGCUGCAUCACAAGAGAAAUAUCUGCCCUGUAAAAGGGUGUGGGAAGAAGUUUUUCUCACACAAGUAUCUGGUGCAACACCGGCGAGUUCAUGAGGAUGAACGCCCCUUGAAGUGCCCUUGGAAGGGAUGCAAGAUGACUUUCAAGUGGGCAUGGGCUCGGACUGAGCACAUUCGAGUCCACACUGGUGCACGGCCUUAUGUAUGUGCAGAGCCAGGUUGUGGACAAACAUUCAGAUUUGUGUCUGAUUUCAGUCGUCAUAAGCGAAAGACUGGUCAUUCAGCGAAGAAGAGUCGUCAAUAG